CUCAGUGUCCUUGUACGAUCUUCUCCUCUUUUUCCAUUUAAGUUUCUAAAAUUUUGUAUUUUUUGUCCAAAGGAUAAAAAGUUUUUUACCUGCUCUGUUUUGUCAGUGUAGCUUCGGAUCUCGUUCGUGUCUUCUUUUUCUAUGAGAGUAUACAUAUUUGUUUUUGGUAAAGUUUUGAUAUUUCUUACGGCUUUCUUCGGAUAAAUGGUGGGUUUUCUCAAAUGUUAUUGGUGUUCUUAGGAAUUGGUCCAGCAUCUAGGCUCUUGUGAGAGCCAUUGGCUUCAAAUCCCAUCGCAAACCUAUUGGUGUAAGGUGAAUUAGGCAUGGCAGAGAGGAGAGCUAGCAACGGUGGAGAAGUUGUUAUCAAUGUUUCUGAAAAAGAAGAAGGGUCAAAAGAUCCAGCAGCAUCUCCAUCUUCCAAAGUAGUGGCUUCACCAAAUUCAGAAACGGGGAACAUGAAACUAGAGCCCUUAAGCAUUCCACCUCCUGAAAUUUAUAAGUUCUCUGGUAGCGUUCACAAGCCGCCUAAAAUCCCAAGUCCUAUCACUGAAGGUCUAACUCGGAGAAAAUCUCUUGCGAGGCCAGUUUACUCCAAGUCCAACUCAAGGUUUGGGCAACAACAGUCUCAUCGAUAUGAUAAGACUAUAGUAGAGGAAAACUGUAGAACCCCUAGGGACCAGUUUGGCGCUGCUUCAUUUGCAAGAACUUCCCCUAGUAACAGAUCCAAUAGGAGCGUUGGCUCAGCGGCCAUGAGUAAAGUUGCCGAGGAGGAAACGGAUGAAAAUGAAGAAAUAUACAAAAAGGUUAAGCUACACCGAGUGAAGAAGCGUAGUGGAAUUAGACCUCUGGCUCUGCUUGAGUUUGUAGUGUUUGUGGCCAUUCUGUGCACUUUGGUUGUGAGUUUAACCAUUGAUACGGUGAAGAAGCAUCGCAUUUGGGGUUUGGAGGUCUGGAAAUGGUCCGUGCUUGUGAUGGUGACGCUUAGCGGCAUGCUCGUGACGAACUGGUUCAUGCAUUUUGCGGUGUUCAUCAUUGAAAGGAACUAUCUCCUACGGAAGAAAGUGUUGUACUUUGUCCAUGGUUUGAAGAAGAAUGUCCAAGUCUUCAUUUGGUUCAGCCUGGUUCUUGUUGCUUGGGUAUUUCUGUUCGAAGAUGACGACAAACACUCUCGUAAGACCAAGAAAUUUCUAGACUUUAUAACUUGGACUAUUGUCUCCCUUCUCAUCGGGUCGAUCAUUUUCUUGGUGAAGACGUUUGCCUUGAAAGUCCUUGCUUCAAAGUUCAACGUCAGAAACUUCUUUGAGAGAAUUCAAGAGUCUGUCUUCCACCAAUACGUUCUCCAGACUCUCUCGGGACCUCCGCUUAUAGAGGAGGCAGAGAGCGUUGGGCGGGAACCAAGCACGGGCCACCUUAGUUUCACAAGUAGCAAGAAUGGAAGAGUGAGAGAGAAGAAAGUUCUCGAUAUGGGAAAGGUUCACAAGAUGAAACAAGAGAAGGUCUCUGCUUGGACAAUGCGAGUUUUGAUUGAAGCCGUUGGCUCAGGUCUCUCAACUAUAUCCAACACCUUAGAUGAGUCUAGCCAUGGGAAAGAGAAGAGUGAUAAAGAGAUAACUAAUGAUAUGGAGGCUGUGGCUGCUGCUUAUGAUAUCUUCAACAAUGUUGCUCAACCAAAUUCUAGUUACAUAGAGGAAGAUGACUUGUUGAGGUUCAUGAUAAAAGAAGAGGUAGACAUUGUGCUCCCAUUAAUAGAAGGUGGCGACAGCGGCAAAAUCACACGGAACGCUUUUAUAGAAUGGGUGGAGUGUAAGCAUUUGAUGCCAUUUUUUGAACAGAUUACAGUUUACACAAGUCGGAAAGCAUUAGGACAUUCACUGAACGACACAAAAACAGCGGUUAAGCAGGUGGACAAGCUUCUUACUGGAGUCUUGACCUUUGUCCCCUUUAUCAUUUGGUUGGUUCUUCUGGAUAUAGCAACGACACAGUUUUUGGUGGUCUUCUCCGCAAAAUUGGUGGGUCUUGCCUUCAUAGUAGGAAGCACUUGCAAGAAUAUCUUCGAAUCCUUUGUGUUCGUCUUCGUGAUGCACCCUUAUGACGUCGGUGACCGUUGUGUUGUCGACGGUGUAAUGCUGCUGGUUGAAGAAAUACAUCUUUUGACUACCGUGUUCCUCAAGAUUGACAACGAGAAAGUGUUCUAUCCAAAUGCGACUUUGAUAUCGAAACCGAUAAGCAAUUACUACAGAAGUCCAGAUAUGGGAGACUCAGUAGAAUUCUCCAUCGCAUUUUCAACGCCGGCAGCUAAAAUCGCCACUCUCAAGGAAAAAAUCACAGAAUACUUGGUGCAGAAUCCACAAAAUUGGUAUCCAGAACCAAUGUUGAUGGUGAAGGCGAUUGAGAAUGUGAACAAGCUGAAUUUGAAUCUGAUCUUCAUACACACAAUGAACUUUCAAAAUUUCGGAGAGAAGAACCUCAGGAGAACCGAGCUGGUCAUCGCGCUAAAGAGAAUCUUCGAGGAGCUUGAGAUCGAUUACACCCUUCUUCCUCAAGAAGUUCAUCUCACCGGUCACGAGUGAUCGUUUUCCUUCUUCUUCUUUUCAUUUAUUUCACUAGUACUUGUUAACAUAAUUUGUUUUGGUAUAAUUGAAAUAUAAAAAAAAAAACUCGGUUUCUGUUGCUCUUUGUGAUACCAACACUUUCGGUAAGGAUUUAUUUUCCCAAUAUAUAUAUAAAGUGCUACAUGGCUUUUCCGAAGAGACGUAUCUGAUCUGUGAUCUCUAUUCUUUUUUUUUUUUUGAACUCUA